CAUAUACUCAAUGCCUUCAACCAGUACAAUCCACACCUGCAGUUCACUGUAGAAGUUGAAAAGGACCGAUCACUACCAUUCUUGGACACACUAGUCAUACGGAAUGCAGAUCAAUCAUUGAGAACCAGUUGGUACUCGAAGCCCAUCGCAUCAGGAAGGCUACUUAACUAUCUAUCCUUCCAUCCAACGAGUAUGAAGAUAAAUGUCGCGACCAACUUCAUCCGACGUGUGACCAGCCUGACAACCAGCACAUCAAUCGACCAGCAAAAACAAAUAAUAUUCCAAGUCCUCCGCCAGAACAACUACCCCUCAUCUCUGAUCAAUAGACUCCUCACACGAUCAACGACAAACAUAGCCACACCGCCUACAAUGCCUACAGCACAAGCGCAUACCAUCCCACCGUCGCCACCGUCAACACAACCUCCAACACCACCGCCUCCUCCACCACCGCCUCCAACGCCACCACUUCCAUCUCAACCGCCUGUACCAGCCUCAGCAUCAUCAAUGUCGUCACCAAUGCAAGACCCAUCACAGCCAACAUCAACGAGUAGAGUACAGCCCAACGCCUCCAACCACGAAUCACAUCACCAAUCGUCCGAAACAAUCUAUAGGUCAGUGCCAAACAUCCCCAUCCUGAGCCGAACACUUGCCGAAAUCCUAAAAAAAGAUUACCCAUUAGUGAAAAUCGCCGCAAAAACCGUAACAUGCACCAAACAUCUCCUCAAAAAUGUAAAAGAUCCCAUCCCACCGCUUGAACAACACAACAUCAUCUACAGUAUUCCUUGCUCGGACUGCGACAAUGUUUAUAUAGGAAUGACCACAAAUCAUCUUAAAAAACGAUUAGCUGGUCACAAAUCAAAUAUAAACAAAACAAUACAUAUGCAAAACACAUCACCCCAAAAUUGUAACAUACAGAUAACAACAGCUCUUGUUAAACACAUCGUAGAAAACCAACACACAUUCAAUCUAGCCAACACCACAAUAAUUGACCGUACGUAUAAAUCAACAGCACUACCAAUAUUAGAGAUGUGCCAUAUCACCAAUACUCCCAAUACGGUAAACUUUAGAACAGAUGUUGAUGGAUUAAAUACGGCAUACGCUGGUAUUUUGCAUACUAUAAAAAAUCAAAACUCUCGCAGAGACAGGGAACAAGCUAUAAAUGAAUCAACAUAGCCAACUCACCACUAACCUUCAAAAUAGCCGUUAUCAACCAAUAGUACCAAGUGAGUUGAUGAAUGUGCGAAAGCAGUGUCUACGUCCCUUCCCAAAAUUAUUGUAAAAUUCGCCUAAAAUCUAUAUGUAAGUCUACUUAGAAAACUCCCUACAAAAACAACAAAACUAAAUCCCAUAUUACAGGUGUAGAAAUGCUACAAGAAGCUCGAAAAGAAACUGUGGCACUAGUUAUAAAUUAUAACAAAAAACGAUAGACAGCGUAGGUUCCUUAAAUGUUAAAAUUAUGUUGUACAUGUCCCUAAUUGUAAAACUGUUCUCUUUUAGUUUACCCUUGAAAAAGGCCAAAUAAAUUAGGCCGAAACGUCGGGCAAUGCCAAUUUAAUCGUUUGGAUUCCCUAGACUGAGAAAGCCAAAAUCUCCCAAAAAUUAUAAAUAAA